AUCCUGCUGCAUGUUGGGAUGUGGCGCCGCUGACGUCAUUUUCUCCGCGUUGGAGCUGAGCUGGAGCGGAGUGUGACGUGGCAGAGAGACGACAGAGAUCCGGAACUCCAGAGCAGACAACACCACAGAGCCGGCGCCGAGGAGCAGAGACACGGACAGGACCCGCACGACUCCCAGCAGCAGUUUAUUUAAUAUCACUGAAUUCGAGGCAGCGACAGAAACAUGGGCCUGACCAUUUCGAGUAUCUUCUCUCGCCUGUUUGGCAAGAAGCAGAUGCGGAUUCUGAUGGUGGGUUUGGAUGCUGCUGGUAAGACCACCAUUCUGUACAAGCUGAAGUUGGGCGAGAUCGUCACAACAAUUCCAACAAUUGGGUUCAACGUGGAGACGGUAGAGUACAAGAACAUCUGCUUCACAGUGUGGGACGUGGGCGGCCAGGACAAAAUCCGACCUCUGUGGAGGCACUACUUCCAAAACACCCAGGGUCUGAUCUUCGUGGUGGACAGCAACGACAGAGAGAGAACACAGGAAGCAGCGGAGGAGCUGCAGAAAAUGCUGCAAGAAGACGAGCUGCGAGAGGCUGUGUUGCUGGUAUUUGCCAACAAACAGGACCUGCCAAACGCCAUGGCCAUCAGUGAAAUGACAGACAAGCUAGGUCUGCAGGCUUUGCGCAACAGGACUUGGUACGUCCAGGCGACCUGCGCCACACAGGGCACUGGCCUGUACGAGGGGCUGGACUGGCUGUCCAACGAGCUCUCCAAGCACUAGACCUGGGGCUUGCAGCUGAGCACAGGCUCUUAUUAACCAAGGACAUGUUUACCAGGACUGGUCUAGGCUUCUUACAACUCCACUAGCUCGCAUUUGUCGAUUUUGUUAAGGUAUUCAAAGCAGAGGCGACGGGUGGCAUGCAGGGGGCUCUUGCGGAUGACAUUUUGUACACAGUUAUGAUGUGAUGCAUAUACGAGCAGUAUGCUAUUAAUGACAACAAAAGGUGAUCCAUUCAAAAAACGAUUCUAUUUUUAACUUUCUUGUUUUAGACCAGAUGUGUGGACUUCAGUUUUUGUAGGACUUAUAAAAAAACGUUUUGUUUUUUUUCUCCGUGCAUUUUGAGCCCCCAUACAUGAUGUUAUAUAUAAUGUUUUAAAAUGUUCUACCCUUUUCUUGGUUAGCUGAUGUAUCAUUCCUAGUGGCAGUCUGCUGACAACCUGUAUGUGUUUCCAGUGAGCAACCCAACCAUUUACUUUCUCCUCUCGGUACCUCCCCCUUCAUAUUGAAACACUGCUACUAACAGCUGAAAACUGUCAUUUAUACUGAACUGUUUUUGAGGAACAGAUAUUUUAAUUCACACGAUUGUUUUUGUUUGGCUUCUGUUCACAGGCUGUCUGUUUUUCAUUGCAUGUUGCUUUUUCGUAUCAGAUUGACUGUGUUGUCAGAUGUAUUAUAGUUCUGCUAGUGUUUUGUGGUCUAGCAAUGGAUUGGGGCGGGCGGGGGGGGGGGGGUUGGAUAAAGUAACUAUUUCCAAUUAAACAAUGUCUACAUAUCCCACUUGCCAUUAUAAUUCCUAAUAAAACAAUACAUUGUAAUGUCUCCUUUUCUUAUGUCUGCACUAUUAUAUGCCAAACAAUUACAGUAUUUUGUCAGAAGGUUUGUGUUUUCAGAAUAAGAAACAAAUAGUUGACCUUAGUGUUACCUGAUAAGGGCUAUGAGCCUUCUCCUGGCAGUUCAAAAGAGAACUGCUCUUUCUCAGGUCUGUGUUGCAGAAAUUGUUUAAUUGCUGAGUUCAGCAUCCAUUCAAGGUGAUCCAGAUUUGCUGUAGAAAAUGGUAUGGCCCCAGUUAACCCAGUUUACAGUUGCUGUUCUGCUUUCCAGAGCAGUAGCCCCUAAAUCUAGCCUACAUGUCUUUAUGCAUUGAUGACCUUGAGGCUUGAAUUAACCUUUGGCAAAGGGAAAGGUAGAAGGAAGAGAGUACAUUACAGAAUGAAAGUAAUAGUAACUGGACAGUACUUGCACACUUCAGUUGUACCUUCUUUUCUUUGCUGUUUUCCACAACGAAAUCCUUCUGGUCAUGGGCACAUUCUUCUGGGGUUUUUGUGUGUAGUCAUUUUUUUACAUUUUGCCAGAAUUUGCAAUUGUUAAAUUCCAUGAGCAUGUAAAUCCUCCCUAUUGAAUUGUAAUAUAGCUUUAAAUCUCAUUUCUAAUUGUAAUCUCACAAGCAUGUUACAGAU